AUGAAACUCUGUUUGAAGAUGAGUCAGAAAGAAAAGCUUUAGAUAAAAAAAAGAUUGAUUAGGAUUAUCUUCCUCUUUUUUGUACAACUCCUAACAUCUAAGAACAUGUGUUUUAGGAUUAGAAAUACUAACAAAUGCCUUGAAAAUUACAAUUAGGAUUAGUAGGAAAUGAUAAGCCCCUUUCCAAAACAAUAAGUACAAGCUAACAAAUAACAACAAUAUACUACUGCGUAUACUCGAUCAAAUCAGCAAUAAUAAAAGGCUAUUUAAUAGUAAUAAUAAUAAACAAAUAAACUAGUUUAAAAGAAAAAGUGA